GAUUGCCAGACAGCCUUCGGAGCAGGUAGCACCAUAAUAAUGUAACACAGAGACAGAGAGAGAGAGAGAGAGAGAGAGAGAGAGAGCGAUCCAGCAGCUGCAUAACUGGACUUCUGCAGUUCCUUGGCGGCGAAAUGGCCUGCUUGAGGUCGCCGUUGUCAGAGAUAGACGUGAUGAUGAUGAUGAUGAUGAUAUGUGCUGCUGCAAUGGCGGGGAUUUGCUCGGCUGAGGAUCCAUAUGCGUACUUCGACUGGAAUGUUGCGUACAUGAAAGCUUCCCCUCUUGGGGUAGAACAGCAGGUGAUAUCGAUCAACGGAAAAUUUCCGGGUCCGGUGGUCAAUGUGACCACCAACUGGAACGUGGCGGUGAACGUGCUCAAUAGCCUAGACGAGCCACUUCUCAUCACUUGGGACGGAGUGCAGCAGAGGAAGAACAGCUGGCAGGAUGGAGUUCUGGGAACGAACUGUCCGAUCCCUGUGGGAUGGAACUGGACUUAUCAGUUCCAGGUUAAGGAUCAGAUCGGGAGCUUCUUCUAUUUCCCUUCGAUCGGCCUCCAGCGUGCUGCUGGAGGAUUUGGAGAGUUUACUAUUAAUAAUAGGGCAAUCAUUUCUGUGCCAUUUGAUACGCCGCAUGGAGACAUCACUCUUUUUAUUGGAGACUGGUUUAAUAUGAACCACACGGAUUUGAGGAAGGAGCUGGAUCAGGGGAAAGCUCUCGGAGUUCCGGAUGGUGUUCUGAUGAAUGGCAAGGGGCCUUACCGGUACAACAAUACUUUGGUUCCUGCUGGUAUUGACUAUGAGACAAUCAAUGUUCAGCCUGGAAAAACUUAUCGGUUCCGUGUUCACAAUGUUGGCAUGUUUUCUUGUUUGAACUUUAGAGUCCAAUCCCACAACUUGCUUCUUGUUGAGACAGAGGGAUCAUACACGGUGCAACAAAAUUAUACUAAUUUAGAUAUCUUUGUGGGACAGUCCUACUCUUUCUUGAUAACUAUGGAUCAAAAUGGAAGCAGUGAUUACUAUGUUGUGGCAAGUGCUAGGUUUGUUAAUGGUUCAAAAUGGGAUAGAGUUGUAGGGGUUGCCAUCCUUCACUAUUCAAAUUCCAAAGGCAAAGCAUCUGGUCCACUUCCUGAUCCCCCCAAUGAUGUCUAUGACAAAACUUACUCAAUGAACCAAGCAAGAUCCAUCAGAUGGAAUGUGAGUGCUAGUGGUGCCCGUCCGAAUCCCCAAGGAUCUUUUAGAUAUGGUUCCAUAAAUGUGACACAAGUAUAUGUCUUGAAAAACAAGCCGCCAGUUCUUAUAAAUGGAAAGCGUCGUGCUACAUUUAAUGGAAUUUCAUAUUCAUCUCCCGAGACGCCUUUGAGGCUUGCUGACAAAUAUGAUAAGAAAGGAGUAUACAGGCUUGAUUUUCCUACCGAGUCAAAUGAAGGAGCACCAAAAAUAGCUACUUCUGUAAUUAAUGGUACAUACAAGGGCUUUAUGGAAAUUGUAUUUCAGAAUAAUGACAGUAGAGUUCAGAGUUAUCACUUAGAUGGAUAUGCAUUCUUUGUUGUUGGAAUGGAUUAUGGGGAGUGGACUGAUAAUAGUCGGGGCACAUAUAAUAAAUGGGAUGGUGUAGCACGUAGCACAAUACAGGUUUACGCAGGAGCUUGGACUGCAGUCAUGGUCUCCUUGGAUAAUGUAGGAGUGUGGAACUUGCGCUCAGAAGAGCUUGAUUCAUGGUACCUUGGGCAGGAGACAUACAUCAGUGUUGUAAAUCCUGAGAGCACUAACAGAACUGAGUUGCCAGUUCCAGAUAAUGCUCUCUACUGUGGACUCCUCAAGGACCUGCAGAAACAGCAGUCUCCUCAUUCUCAGGGUUUAAAUUCAUCAUCUUUGAUUGCAAGCAGAAGCAGCGUGAUUCUUGCUUUGUUGUUCGUCGCUGCUUUCUUCAUGUUUCUGUAACAACAUUAAGAGGCUCCUGAUUCUAUUCGGGUUUAUGUCCUUGAGGUUCAACUCAUUUUUAACUGUUCAAAUCUAUGUUGUAUGAUUUUUUUUUUCAAAGUUUUUUAGAAAGCAUUCACAAUGUUUUCUUCUUCUUCUUUUAU